AAAUAUUCCCCAAAGUACCAAGAAGUCCGACGUUCAAGUCCUGUCCCCCGCGCUUUUAAUUCUAUGGCUUCUGUGCUGCUGUCGGUGGUGGCACUGCUUCCCUCGCAACGAAGAACACGCCACCCAUGCCGCAAUUCCACCAAAAUCCCCGUAAGUCGGAUAGAAAUCGCCAGGAGCGGCAGCAGCAAGGGAAUUGGAUCGAUUCUCCCGGUAGCGGUGGCAGCGACGACUACAUUCUUGUGGGCAAAUCUGGAUGUGGCGGCGGCGGCGGCGAGCCCCGACUUGGUGGAUCCGGGCGUGGCCAGAUUGGCGAUCAAUGUCUUGGGACCGGCCAUGGCGUCGUUUAACGUGCUCUUCAUUGCCCGGAUCGUCAUGUCGUGGUACCCAAGGAUCCCGGUGGACAAGCUGCCGUAUGUGAUCGCCUUCGCACCCACCGAGCCCGUGCUGGCGCCAACGAGGAAGAUCAUACAGCCCAUUGGCGGCGUGGAUAUGGCGCCCGUGGCCUGGUUUGCGCUCCUCAGCUUGCUCAAUGAGGUCCUCCUUGGCCAACAAGGCCUCCUCGUCGUCCUCGCGGAGCAAAGAUAGAUAGAUGGUGUUUUAGAAUAUUCUAAAGGUUCCAUGUAAUGCCCAUUUGCGGCAUCUGGGGGAAGAGAGGAAAACUCGUUUCUCGCGUACCUUUCAGGAAGAACUGCCAAAGAAAUCACUACUUGUGAGCUAUUUCUCAUGCAUGUGUUUAAAGUAGGAGUAAUAACAUUUAUUUUUCAUCAAA